AUGUCUGAGAAACUUCCCUACAAAGUUGCUGACAUCAGCCUGGCCGAAUGGGGGCGCAAGGCCAUCGAAAUCGCAGAGAACGAGAUGCCCGGUCUGAUGAAGAUGAGGGAGCUGUAUGGUCAGUCCAAACCUCUGAAGGGAGCGCGUAUCGCCGGCUGCCUCCACAUGACCCUGCAGACCGCCGUGCUCAUCGAGACCCUGACCGCCCUCGGAGCUGAGGUUCAGUGGUCGAGCUGUAACAUCUUCUCCACUCAGGAUCACGCUGCUUCUGCCAUCGCCAAGGCUGGUGUUCCAGUGUACGCCUGGAAAGGUGAGACCGAUGAGGAGUAUGUGUGGUGCAUCGAGCAGACUCUGUAUUUCAAAGACGGCCAGCCCCUCAACAUGAUCCUGGACGACGGAGGAGACCUCACCAACAUGGUCCACCAGAAGUACCCCAAACUUCUGGCAGGUAUCCGUGGACUGUCAGAGGAGACCACUACAGGCGUCCACAACCUGUACAAGAUGCUGAAGAGCGGCGAGCUGAAGAUUCCCGCCAUCAACGUCAACGACUCCGUUACAAAGAGUAAGUUUGACAACCUGUACGGCUGCAGGGAGAGCCUCAUCGACGGCAUCAAGCGAGCCACCGACGUGAUGAUCGCCGGUAAAGUCGCCGUGGUGGCCGGCUAUGGCGACGUGGGUAAAGGCUGCGUCCAGGCUCUGCGUGGUUUCGGAGCUCGCGUCAUCGUCACGGAGAUCGACCCCAUCAACGCCCUGCAGGCUGCCAUGGAGGGUUAUGAGGUUACCACCAUGGAGGAGGCUUGCAAGGAAGGAAACCUCUUCGUCACCACCACUGGCUGCGAGGACAUCAUCCUGGGAGAGCACUUUGAGAACAUGAAGGACGACGCCAUCGUCUGCAACAUCGGACACUUUGACUGUGAGAUCGACAUGAGCUGGCUCAACAAAAACGCUGCAAAGAAAGUCAACAUCAAGCCUCAGGUCGAUCGCUAUCUUCUGAAGAACGGCCGUCACAUCAUCAUCCUGGCCGAGGGCAGGCUGGUCAACCUGGGCUGUGCCAUGGGACAUCCAUCAUUCGUCAUGAGCAACUCCUUCACCAAUCAGGUUCUGGCUCAGAUCGAGUUGUGGACGAACACUGACAAAUACCCUCUGGGAGUCUACUUCCUGCCCAAGAAGUUGGACGAGCAGGUCGCAGCUGCCCACCUGGAUAAACUCGGAGUGAAGCUGACCAAACUGUCCGACAAGCAGGCCAAGUACCUUGGUCUGCCCACCGAGGGGCCCUUCAAACCAGACCACUAUCGCUACUGAGCCCCCGUCCAGCUGAUGAGGAGGAGGUGUGGGUAGAAGGGUGUUGGUGUUUUUGGUGGGUGGGAGCACUCUGAGAGUUUGAGCAGGUUGCGCUCUCGGCUUUUCAGGGAUCUUCCCCCCCUUUAAAUAGCUUUUCAUAUCAAAUGCUGAAGAAAUGAAUCUCGCAUCACGUCCUGUGUCGAUCAGUGAUUUUUGGCAUGGCUGAAGUUUGGAACCCUUGUUCUGCUUCAUUGAGGUGAGAUCAAUCUUUGAUUAAAAUCAAAUUUCUGGUCGCAGCAGGACUUUGGUGCCGAACCUGCAUCGACCCAACAAGUCUCAUUUAGCUCCGACACGCCGACAUCUUCUGUCCUCGACUUCCUCUUUCAUCGACGCUCUUCUGAAACACCAUCAAGUGCUUCUGUGGCUGUUAGAGAGAAUUCCUCCUGUCGUUUCUGUCAUUCCCUCUCCGUUCAUGGAAUAAAAACAAACCCUGAUGCUUUUCUAUCUGAGCGCUCUCUCCGUCUCGUCACAGCUCGAGGUGGAAGGUGACCGACCAGGUUUUUAUCUGUAUCUUUAAUUAACGGUUUAGUGUACAGCGGCCUUAUCCCCCCUGUGUAUCGAUGCUGCCCUCUGUUAGCACUUAUCAAGAAGACUGGAGUUGGUCACGAAGUGCUCGGCGUUACUGGGUGAUUAUCCAGGUAGAGGGUGAAGAGAAGCACUGCUGCCAAAGCGACCACCAAAGCACGUCAAAGCAAGUCUUAUUCUUUCUGUUCUUUCAGUGAUUUAUUUAAUUGACUUGAAGGGCCAAAAAAAAAAACAUGUGCAACGCCCCCCAGUUAAUUUUUAAUUUCUCACUGUGGCCAAUGAAGAUAAAGCGUUGGCCACGGUUACAGCCUGAAAUCAGAGCUCAGCUGCUUGUAAACUAUGAUGAUUGAAACUCAUGUUUGACUAUGAGAAAUAAAGAGAACCAUGUUGACUCUGGA